AUAUACUACCUUCCUCACUUCAUAUUAUUAUUAUCCCAACAACAAACACAACUUCGUUUCAAUUAAGGUUCUUACCACCAACAUGAUCAAAACCUUAAAUCCUUACCCCAAUCCAGCUAAAACAGCUGAAAUUAUGUCUAGGUAUAGACCAAUAGCACCAAAGCCAGAAACUUCUUCAAUCACUGAACCUUCAAAUUCAUCUUCAAACUCUCUCUCCCAAAAAAUCAAACAAUCUCCUUAUCUUAGAAACCUUUGGCCACAAUUACAAGCAAGACCAACAAGAACAAGAAAAAGAGGUAGAGCACCUUUAUCAUUACCCUCUUCACUCAAAAGACCAAAAACACAUGUCUUAGCUUUUUCUCAUCAACCUUUGCAUGUAACAUCAUCCUCAAAAAACCUUUCUUUACAAGGUUUUGCUCCUCCUCCUUCACUUCCUCAACUCCCUCUUCCAAAUCAUCGAAUUGGGGUCCUUAAUUGCAAUUUUGAAAAAUCAAAUUCUACUAAUUUGGUAACACUCCCUCUUCUUCCAUGUUCACCAUCACAACAUAAUGUAUCCAAAUUUGACAUAAUUACCAACAACAACAACCCUUUUGAGAUCAUAGAUUUGAACAACACUUCAAUUGAAAUUCCUCAAGAAAGAGACCUUUUACAACAACUACAAAAACCAGCUUGUAACAACAACAACAACAACAAUGUUACAAAUGUGAUAGCACCUCAACCAAUUCGUCCAAUUGGUUCAUGCAUAAGUGUUGGUUGCAUCAAUCAAGAUUCAACUUUACCAUCUGCUGUGAAAAAAACACCAAAAAAACCAGAGGAAUUAGAACAAGAAGUUGAAUCAGAAAUUCUACCAGCUGUUAUAUCAGAUUCAAACAACAGAAUCAGAAUGGCAAAUUCAGCUUACAAAGAAAUGGUGGGUCAACCAGAAUGUUCUUGGCUUGGAUCAAUGAUUAGUAAUGGUAAUGAUGGAAAAGUUCAAUGCAAGAGGAUUAGUGGUGAGGUAACUCUACAUCUUUGUGAUAGUUUGAAUAUACCAAUUUGUUCAAAUGGGUUUUCUUGUUGGGUGAAGAUUGAAUGGGAAAAUCAUGAAGAGAAGAAGAAAAUGUGUGUGAAUGCUUUUUGUGAUGUUGUGAAGUUGUGUUGUGAUCAAUCUAGAGACUAUGUUUUUACAUGGAGGUUUCAUACUCGUAAUUGCAGGGAAGCUUCUGAAUCCAGUUGUAAUGCUUGAUCAGAAUUCAAAUGUGCAUAUACUUCUCAGUACUCUAUAGUAUCAGUCAUUUUUAAUUUCUUCUUUCUUAGCUAUAGAGAUACUAUAAGUGUAUAUACUAAUAUAGAUAGUAUUAGGGGAUUAAGUAAAGUGUCUUUUUUUUUUUUUUAAUUAAGUUUCUUUUUUUUUUACUAUGAUGUGUACAAGACCUUGUGCUUCAAAAUAUGUGUAUGAAACAAGCUGUUUAAUUACUGUAGAAUCAGUAUAGUUACCUAAUUAGCACUUAAAUCAAGGUAUUUUAUUUU